AUGCCGUCCCAGGAGAGCCCCUCCCGGCAAACCUCGGAUACACUCAUCUACCAUAGCCUCCAAAUACCGAAAUGCAUCAGCCCAGCAGGAGGAAACCUGGCAGACUUUGCCGCACAGAUGACAUGCCUUUUCUGGUUCCAGUCAGUAGAUGACCUCAAAAAAGCCGAAUCUAUUCGCUCGAUUCCCGCUGCCGCCACGCUCCCCCGACUGGCCUCGCUAGCCAAGCCAUACGAGCAGUUUCGCAAAUGGGUUUUGAAUGUUCUUCAGACGACACAGGUGACGCAAAAUGUCAUCUUACUUGCGCUCCUCUUCAUAUAUCGAUUGAAGAUGUCAACUCCGCAGAUCAAGGGCCGCGCCGGCAGCGAGUACAGGCUGCUUACUGUUGCCCUGAUGCUGGGUAACAAGUUCCUCGAUGAUAACACAUACACCAACAAGACUUGGGCCGAGGUAUCCUGCUUCGCGGUCCAGGAGAUCCAUGUCAUGGAAGUCGAAUUUCUCAGCAACAUGCGAUACAACUUGCUGGCUUCCAAGGAGGAAUGGGAGCUGUGGCUGACCAAAUUGGCCUGCUUCCACGAAUACUACGACCAGGCCUUGCGUCAACCUUCAUCACCCCUGCACGUCGCUGUCAAUGCGGGCGUAUUCCAAUCACCGAUAUCGUCGCCCAAGGCCAACAUGAUAUCUAUGGUGCCUGACCUGGCUCCGUACACUCCCACUACGGCCAAAACAUUCUCUCCAACUUCGAGUCACUCGCAAGAUUGGCGCACGUACCAAGCAAACGCCGUCUCACCGCUUGCUUCCAAGCCCGCUCGCCUUGCUACUUCGCGCAAGAGAAGCCCCGAAUAUGAUGCUAUUGAUCAUCCUGCCAAAAGACAGAUGGCUCCAGAGUUUACACUCGGUACCGUGCCUAGCAACAGUGUCCGGCCUGCCGGUGCCAUUGAAGCCCGAGUACCCGUCCCUCAGUUGAGCAUUGUUACGAGUCAGCCCCAGUCAACGGGGUUACCGUACAUGCCCGCAGCUCCGUCUUAUACCUCUGCUUCCAACGCAGCUCUCCCGCCACUUCAGCCCGCCGUGCGUGCUAUGUCGACUGUGUAUCAGCGCCCAGCGAGUGGCGGUCUGCCCCAGCACCAGCAGCAACCUCAACCUCAGUCCCAGCAGCAGAUGAUGCCGGCAGCGACCUUGGCUCCGAACUUCCCGGUUUCAGCAACCGCCGUUCAUCCUCCUGUGAAUCUCGGCACUCCUAGCAAGCGACGCAGCCCCGCUCAUCUAAGUCAAUACACAUCGUCGCCGAUGGUAGAACCUUACACAACGGGAUCCGCCAUCCCUACGCCUCUCGCACUGACGCCUCUCGCACUGACGCCUCUCGCCAACUCGCCAAGCAUCUACCUGCAGCAGCGCUCGAGUCCUUACAAACCCAUACGACACGUCAACAGGCUCCUGCACCCUGUCGCGACAUCUUUGGAUCAAUACCAUUUGUCUGUACCGAUUCCCCCCAACCACAUUCACUAUCAGCCUCUAGGCCGACGCAACGAUGUGCGGACUGGCGUGGUUCCUGAAUUUGUCAUGUACAACAGACAACAGCAGCAGCAUCUGCCGCUACAAGGCCGGCAUCAGGGCGUGUACCCCUAG